AUGGUAGGACUGGACGUUAUGAGAGAAGAGAUAGAAGGAGCAGAUAUGCUAGUAAUGAUAGACUACUACACAAGAGAAGCAGGUGCAUACACACUGAAGAACAGAGCUACGGAAGAAGUAAAGAACAAAACAGGAAGAUUCAUAAUGACACAUGGAGCACCGGAAACAUUGGUAAUAGACAAUGCAGAAGAACUAGGAAGUCAGGAGAUGGAGGAAUUCUUAAUGAGAAAGAACAUUGACCACAUAAGAACAAGCAUAGAAGCACAUGCCUCAAACGGAAGGAUAGAAAGAUACAUACGAGCAUUGAGAGAAGGACUUGCGAAACAGGACAGAAGAAGACCGCUGAAGGAGAGAAUAAAGAGAUAG